AACACUACACCCAAACCAGCGGAGCCUGAUCCUCACUGUUUAAACAGUCACUCCAGAGAAAACUAUAUUGAAGACCACCAACAGCUAGCUUUAAGGGAUGGAAGUUCAGAAGGGGGCAACAAUCCAGGCGAGGGGCCAAUGGGCAAACAAAACGGAGUUCAUUCUGGCUGUUGCGGGACAGAUUGUCGGGCUGGGAAACAUGUGGAGGUUCCCCUACCUGUGCUACAAAAACGGAGGAGGUGUGUUCUUCAUCCCCUACCUGCUGUUCCUGUUGUUCUGCGGGAUACCUCUGUUCCUCCUGGAAACAGCUCUGGGGCAGUACACUAGCCAGGGAGGUAUCACCGCCUGGAGGAAAAUCUGCCCUCUCUUUGAAGGUAUGGGUUAUGCCAGUCAGUUGAUCGUUGUCUACUCAAGCAUCUAUUACAUCGUUAUCCUGGCCUGGGCUCUCUUCUACUUUUUCCACUCCUUCAGCUGGGAGCUGCCCUGGGCCAGCUGCAGAAACACCUGGAAUACAGGUACCUGUGUGGAAUUCGACAAGCAGAACCUCACUUCUAACUGGACUGUUCCCAACAACGCCACGUCCCCGGCCAUGGAGUUCUGGGAGAGACGGGUGCUGAAGAUCUCUGGUGGGAUUGAUGAGGUGGGCAGCCUGCACUGGGAGAUGACAUUGUGUUUCCUGCUCACCUGGAUUAUCUGCUAUUUCUGUGUCUGGAAGGGAGUCAAAUCCACAGGAAAGGUGGUGUACUUCACAGCCACAUUCCCCUACCUGAUGCUGGUCGUUCUUCUGAUCCGUGGACUCACUCUGCCUGGAGCCAUGGAUGGGAUCAUCUUCUACCUCUACCCAGACCCAGCGCGGCUCACCGAUCCACAGGUGUGGAUGGAUGCAGGCACACAGAUUUUCUUCUCUUAUGCGAUCUGUAUGGGAUGCCUGACAGCGCUUGGCAGCUACAACAAGUAUAACAACGACUGCUACAAGGACUCCGUGUACCUAUGCCUGCUGAACAGCGGAACAAGCUUUGUGGCCGGGUUCGCCAUCUUCUCAGUGCUGGGCUUCAUGGCGUAUGAGCAGGGAGUGCCCAUCUCAGAGGUCGCUGAGUCCGGUCCUGGACUGGCUUUCAUAGCCUACCCGCGUGCUGUGGCCAUGAUGCCUUUCCCCCAGCUCUGGGCCAUCUGCUUCUUCCUCAUGGUCAUCUUGCUGGGGCUGGACAGCCAGUUUGUGUGUCUCGAGAGCCUCACCACGGCUAUCUCAGACAUGCGGCCUGCGUUCUUCCAGCAGGGCUCUCGUCGGGAACUCCUCCUGCUGUUCAUCUGCGUCUCCUGCUUCUUUAUCGGGCUCCUCAUGGUCACAGAGGGGGGCCUGUAUCUUUUCCAGCUGUUUGAUUACUACGCCUGCAGCGGGAUCUGCCUCCUGUUCCUCUCCAUUGUGCAGUGUGUUUGUGUGGCCUGGGUCUACGGUGCUGACCGGUUUUAUGACUGCAUAGAAAACAUGAUUGGCUACCGGCCUUGGCCUCUGAUUAAAUACUGCUGGCUCUUCUUCACUCCAGCCAUCUGCACUGGGACCUUCAUCUUCUCCCUGGUCAAGUACACCCCGCUCAAGUACAACAGGACUUACGAGUACCCGGCCUGGGGAUACAUCCUCGGCUGGUUCCUCGCUGUCUCCUCCAUGGUCUUGGUUCCUCUGUGGAUCUUCUUCAAACUCACCCGGACCAAGGGGACCAUACGCGAGCGUCUUCGUCUGCUGUGCCUCCCUGCCAGCGACCUGCCCCUAGGCAUCAAACAGAAAUCAUGCAGCUGUCCUUGCAACUCUGAGCUUCUCAUUGCCUGCAGCGAACAGCAUGGGAAGAAUGGACUGAAGGACUUCAGCACAGAGAUGGGGGUCCUGCAAGACUGUGAAGGGGGGAGAGGGGGUCAGAACAAUGCUCUGCUGUAAGCAGCGCUGAGGAAGGAGCCCGGCGUGCUGUGUUGUGAGGAAGAGUCUCCACAGCCUUGCAGAAGAUACAGUGUUAAAUAACUAAACUAUGCUUAACAAAAUAAUAAAAAUAA